CUCAAGACGUCAACACUGGGAGUAUAUAAUGCCGCUAGCCGUGCUGAACGCGUCCUUAGCCUUGAUCUUGAAGCGGUGGUCGGUCGGCAGCAUGCGGUUCUUUGUACUAAUGGUGGUAGUAACGCUGGUUACAGCUACAGAGCAAGUCUUCAACCAGCCGUACCAGUACUACAAGGCCGAUGGUGCCAGCUUUGUGUAUGGAUAUCCGUUUCCUGAGUAUCUGACUCACGGCAGCCCCUUUCAUUAUGUCAACACGUAUGGUCAGCCCACCUUCCUGGCUCCCCCGCUGCUCGGCCUCGGGGCUCCUGUUCAGCCAAUAUCAUCGCCUGCUGUGGGACUGAGGGCACUACCAGUUCCUUCUGUGUCAGCCAACGUGCAUGUAGAAGAGCAGCAGCUGCAGCAAAUUAAUAAUGAAGACAGAAUGAGGUCUUCUUUGUCGCCCAUGCUCAAGCUGGCGGUUGACGCUGGAUUCGUGCGAGCAUCGGGAAGCUCUCAAUCAGGCUCUUCUCAGUAUGAAGUUUCCGAAGAGCUGGCCAAGGACGCAGGCAGUGUGUCCGAGCUGGCGUAUCGUCUGGGGGCCAUUCCUGUCGCCGCCGUGCACGACGUUCAGAUGCGGCCCAAUGAAAUUAUCCCCGAGGAGAGUUUUUCCCCCGUACUGCAUCACAAGAGCAUGCCUCAAGUCACCAGGUACACUCUCGAGGUGCCCGUCCAGUAGUCUCACCAAGUCAGGAACCAUUUGGCUGAUAUAUGAAAUGUAUGGAUCGAUAUUAUCUUGAUAGGCUAUGGUGAAUUGCUGCUUUGGAACACAGUGCACGUCGAGCCACAGCUUCUUAGUUGCUCCUUUAAGGAAGCCUUCGUAUCGUUAGUGAGUGUAUUCGGGUACUCCAUCAAUUGGUGUCCCCCGUUGUUAUCAACUAUAGUGCUCGAAACGAUAAACAGUUGAUCACCUGUUAAUUGUUAUUUAUAGGCAAUGGGCGUCAAUGGUCCCAUAUAUUAGUCUUAAUUUUUUUUUCAGUUUCAUCAAUCUCAAAGAUUGUGACCACAGGAGAGAGAGAGAGAGAGAGAGAGAGAGAGAGAGAGAGAGAGAGAGAGAGAGAGAGAGAGAGAGAGAGAGAGAGAGAGAGAGAGAGAGAGAGAGAGAGAGAAAUUAGAAGCUUUGAUAAUAUAAAACUAGAAAAUAAAAGUAUUUUGUAUUUUUUCAAUAAUCACAGGUAAAGAAGCUCCAACUGAUAAAAACAAACAUUCUUUGUGUCAAUGUAUUUCAGUGACUUAAGAUGGUGUCAUCACAUUCUUGGUUAAAUCACUGGUCAACAAAAUGAAACUUUUUUUAAUCAUCAGAGAUGCAAACUGACUUUUCUGUGUUUAUUUUUUAUGCUGAUUACGGAUCUGAAGUCCGCUUUUCUCUAUCAGGUCACAUUUUAAUGUUACUGAUACCUGUUGUUUUAACGUACAGGGUAUGUAAACUUGUAAAGCAUAUCUGUAUAAGAUUUAUUGAGUACAAGAUAUGACACUUA